AGCGUGUACCAGGAAGUGUUCGAUCUAUGUGUUUUACUUCUAUGGGGUCAACUGUUCCAGUCAAACUACGCUCGGUGCAAAGAGCGGCCAGAGACUAGGAUCUGCUGUGUGUCUUCUGCGAGUAAAUGAGUUCAAAGAUGGAAUCUGGCAUACUGAACAUAGAGGAGAUAGUGAUGGGGCAGGAGCUGCCUGAUCCACCGCCAGCAGCUGCGCCUCAAAAGCCCGCCCAAACCUACAAACCCAUCAACCUGAACGGACCUACUCCUCCUGUCCAGCCAUAUCAGCAUGACAAUCUGCAGUGUUUCCAGUGCUUUAUCACCUUCUGCAGUGCCAAAGCCAAAGAAAGACACAUGAAAAAGAGCCACCGGGAAGAGUACAAGCAGCAGCUCCAGCAGGGAAACACGUUGUUCACCUGUUACGUGUGCGACCGUGCGUUUCUCUCCUCUGAGGAGCUGACGCAACACCAGCCCACCCACAGUAAAGAUGACAAGCCCUUCAAAUGUGUCCACUGUAAGGAGAGCUUCAAAACCUUCUCUGAACUCACGGCGCACCGAAGACAAAUCUGUCCGGAGAGGCAGUUUGUGUGUAAAGAUUGCAUGGAAGUGUUCCGGAGUGCAGGACUGCUGCGCACCCACCGCCUCACCCAGCACCCCCGUCCAGAGUCAGAGACCCCAGAGCCGCCAGCCGACCCCUCCAGCGUCAAGCAGUGUAAGAAGUGCAGCCAGGUCUUUGAAACAGAAGUGGAGCUGACCGCCCACCAGGAAAAGUACUCUGGGGAUCAGCAGUGCAACGGCAGUGCCAGCGUCAGGAAGCGCGGCCGACCGGCCAAAACCGAAGAGCCUGCGGCGGCAGACAAGAAAGGCAAGCGGAAAAAGAAAGAGGAAGGGGACUCGUCUGAGGAGGCGACCGAGAACACGACGGAGACGGAGCCAGCGGCGGCGGAAGAGAAAAGCACGGUCGGUGCUGCGAAGAGAGGCCGGCCUCGUAAGGUGGUGGUGAAGUCCGAAGAGGAAGACUUGAAGAGCCCCGCUGAGGACGCAGAGGAGACCGCGAAGAAGCCCAAGGUGGAGCCCGCCGCUGCCGCCAAACAGAUCCCCUGCAGCGACUGUGACCUCUCCUUCAGCAGCCUGCCUCUGCUCCGCGCCCACAAGAAGGAGAAACAUUCUCCUCGGAAAGCCCACCCAUGUGAAGAGUGUGAGGAGAGCUUCGCCCGCCCCGAGCAGCUGGACGCACACAUGUCGCGGAAUCACGCUGUCGGCCGCCUCGCCUGCCCGACCUGCGGCAAGAGCUUUGGCCGGGAACGCACCUUGAAGGCUCACCAAAAGAGCCACGCAGAGGAAAAGCCAGAAGAGGCGGCCUCCAAGAGAUAAUCCAUGCAUGUGGACCGUGAGCCCUGUGGAUUUUUAAGGUUUUUAACUCAUGUUUUUCAUUUAAUUUCAUCGGGAGACGUCCUCAGAUUUCGCCCGCUGACUAUUCUGGAUUUUACCACCAUCGAAAAGUUUCCCUCUCUCGGUCCAAAAUGUUUUGGGAUUCAAAGUUUGGAACUACGGCAGAAAAGCGGACAAUUGUGAUUAACCCGUGCAGAUCCAGUACUAAACAUUUGUUACCAAGUUUGUACAAAAAAGACCUUUCUUUAUAUUUGUUUUGUUGGAAGCAACAUGCGUGUGGUGUGUCAUCAACUGUUCAACUCCAGAUUGUGGUUCAAAAAAGUUUCACGUCUUCUCCAGACGCUUCAGAUUUUAAAGCUACUAGACGACUAGUUGAGAUGUUUGAAUGUCUUCUAUACAGUUCCUCGGAAGAAAUGUUCAUGUACAGCAUCAGGUUUGUUUUGUAAUUGUUUUUUAUUUUUACGUUUAUUCUAAAUUAACUUGGUUAGUGAGUCAAUAACAGCAUCAGUUUUAAGAUUAGUUUGGCUUCUGUUGAUUGAUUUGUUGUUCUCCUUCCCUCUUUUUUGUUGUUCAUUUCGACAUUGUAACUUGUCUUAGGCAUUUCUUGAGAGCAGAAGGUGGCCUCUUGGGUCAGCCUGACUCGGUCACAUACGGAGCUGUGUAUCUAGUGUGUAAUCCACUGAUAGUCUUUCUUCAUUGCUUUGUGUCAAGAUGAUGGAAAAAAUAAAACAUGAUGCCCAUGAAACUUCUGCAGAAGAGUU